AUGACACGGGCUUUCCCCUCCAGCCGGGUUUCUGCAUACAGCAUACCAGCUCCAUACGACUCUGAGCAGACUGCAGGGCAGGAAGGUCUGGAUAUUCACUACUGCCCAUCCUACCGAGAAGGCUUGUGUCAGAAGUACUGUUUCCUCAAAUGGAUGAGGUUGUGUUUCUGGAGAAGACGGCUUCUAGGAAUAUUACCUAUAGUUUCUUUAAUAGUUACAGUAAUCGUGCUAGUCCUGCACUGUUCAUUCUCUCCACCUUUCUCCUUUAUUUAUAUUGGUGGCAGUGUAGAAAUUCCUAAUUUGACUUAUACAAAUGACCUCAAUGAUCCAAAGUCACAGAAAUUCCUCCUGCAAGCAGAAGCAAUCCAAAAUUACUUUGCAGAAACAUACGAGUCUUCCUUCUUGGGAAAGUACUACUUGAAGUCUGUAGUGGUUGCUUUCAGUGAAGGAGAGUCUGGACUUUGAGCUUACUACUGGAAUACAUUCUGGGCACCACAAGAUAUGGUUGCUUCUCUUAAAAAAUUAACCCCUGUGGAACAAAAAGAAAUCAGUAGUAAACAAGCAGCUCACGUGUUCAGUUCUUCUAGGGAGGAAGAUUUUGAUCUUGUUAUAAUGGAGCUUUUUGUUUCAGAUUCUGCAGAAUAUGAUGUGAUGCUAAAAUCAGCAGUAUCCUUUGACCUGUAUGCCAAGCCAGGUAACAACAGGACUCUAACUCUGUUGAAUCCCAAGAAGUCUUUUUAUCAACGGAGGCUGCGAGUUCCUUCUAACUAUGUGGUGAGACUCGUAGUUAUCACUUUGCAUGGUGUCACUCCAGAGAGCUGUGCAUCACACCAUUUAUCAGCAUAUGAUUUCCUUCUUCCUCUGCAGAACAAGAUCAUUACAAGAUGGUGUGGACCUGGGGCCUGGAUGCCUCCUGUUGUACAUUUAACUUCAUCAAGUAACGUAAUGUUACUUACCUUCUCACUGAACUGAAGAGAAGAAAGCGACGUAUUAAAAGCUCACUUUCAAGCUAUUCCUAAAAUCAUGUGUGGUGGUCAUUACAUUUCCUGGAACGGGACACUGAGUUCCCCUUAUUACCCAAGUUACUACCCACCAAACAUUGACUGCAGCUGGAUCAUCAGAGCACCAUUGCCUGGCUACAAGCUUUCAUUAAAAAUCCUCAUAAUACAAAUUCAAGAGAAGUCUCCAGGAUCCAGUAAAUGUGAUAAAGACUGGUUAGAAAUUGAUGGGGUUAGAUGUGCAGAUAGAAUAUGUAUUCCUUCAAGCAAUCAGUCUGAAGGCUGGAAAGGCUGCUCGGAUGGUAGUGAUGAACUAGACUGUGGUUUUAAUCCAGAGCAGUUGAAAUGUGGUGAUGGGAAGUGUAAGCAUCAAUAUAAGACUUGUAAAGAUGAUGACAGAUGUGGGGAGGACAGUGACGAAAACAACUGCU